AUGCUGGGACGUUUGACCCUGUUAUGUUACAAACUUGGAAAAACAAAGUAUGCUGUGUGGAAUACAGGCUGAAAACCAUUGGAAUAUAAAACGGAAGUUUUGGAAUAUAUCAAAAUACUCUGAAGAUACGAACUGUACAGAAAUAGCCACUAUUCCUUCAUCGUACAGGAAGCUUCACAUGGAAAGCCUAGGUCAAAGGGUUGUGAGGCCGGCUUGUUGAGCAGAACGCACACACACUCACACACACACACUCUCCCAGAGCAUGCCUAUCAGUCCACCUGCCAACGGCAAACAUGAGGCUUUUGACCGGCCACGGCAACAACACGCCCCUACCAACGGUAACCACGGGGAUGACAGCAUUCGGGCCUCUCCCGGGACUAUAUCUACCUCCGAACCUAUGGAGGAUCUCCACGGAAACGCAGUUGUCAUCCGCAUCGGAAUUCCUGAUUUGCAGCAAACGAAAUGCCUGCGAUUGGACCUGGAAGCUCCAGUUUGGGUUUGCAAGCAGAGAGUUCUGGUCACUUUGACACAGAGCCUGACCGAUGUGCUUAACUAUGGCCUCUACCUCCCUGCCUUCAAUGGGCGUGCCGGAAAGUUCCUCGAUGAGGAGAGAUUGCUCAGGGAGUACCCUUUCCCUACUGUCACACCAGUACCAUACCUAGAGUUCCGUUACAAGAGGCGUGUUUACACUCAGAGCUAUGUAGAAGAUAAGCAACUGGCCAAACUACAUACCAAGGCCAAUUUAAAGAAGUUUAUGGAGUAUGUUCAACAGAGGAGUGUGGAGAAGGUCUGCAGGUUUUUGGAAAAAGGGCUGGACCCCAACUUUCACGAUUGUGACAGCGCAGAAUCUCCGCUCACUCUCGUGGCCCAGCUGGACUCAUGUGCUGAUCUGAUCAAGGUGUUGAGGAGUGGAGGUGCCCAUCUGGACUUCAGAACCAGAGAUGGUCUGACACCACUGCACAAAGCAGCCCAAACGCACAACCAUGUUGCACUGACUACAUUGUUGGAUCUAGGGGCCUCUCCAGACUAUAAGGACAGUCGUGGGCUCACCCCCCUCUAUCACAGUGCCAUGGUUGGGGGAGAUCCAUACUGUUGCGAGCUGCUCUUGUAUGAUCACGCGCAACUGGGUUACAGCGACGAGAACGGCUGGCAGGAGAUCCAUCAGGCUUGUCGCCAUGGAAAUGUGCAGCACCUUGAGCACCUGUUGUUCUAUGGAGCGGAGAUGAGCGCUCAGAAUGCCUCAGGAAACACAGCACUACACCUGUGUGCCCUCUACAACCAGGAAGGCUGUGCUAGAGUUCUCCUGUUUCGAGGAGCAAAUAAAGAAAUCAAGAACUACAACAACCAAACAGCAUUUCAGGUUGCAAUCAUCGCAGGGAACUUUGACCUGGCUGAAAUCAUCAAGAUCCAUAAAACCUCAGACGUUGUGCCUUUCAGGGAGACCCCCUCAUACUCGUUUCGGCGGCAUGCGGUCUGUGUAUCCCCUCGUCGCUCUCUGAUGCGGUCAGCCAGUGAUAACGCUCUGGAUGAGAGUUUGCCGGCCCCCUCUCCUGCCCCCUCCCUACGGAGCCUGCCCCUCGAGCCCGACGAUAACACACCCACCCUGCGCAGCCCCCAGUCUGCUCACACACACACACGGAGCCUCAGGAGACACACCCGUGGUCAUCUCAGCCCUGGCAGUCCUGUUCAAAGAGAGCCCAGUCCUCCUGCUGUGUCCCGAGGGCCAAAGCGGCGUCUGUACAGCGCGGUGCCCGGCCGAACCUUCAUCGCCGUCAGCUCCCACUCGCCACAGGGCGAGGGUGAGAUCACGCUGAACCGUGGAGAGAGGGUCAAAGUGCUGAGCAUAGGUGAGGGAGGAUUCUGGGAAGGCUCAGUUAAAGGACGAACCGGUUGGUUUCCUGCUCACUGUGUAGAGGAGGUCCAGAUGAGACAGUAUGACCCACGACUUGAGACGAGAGAAGAUCGUACUAAGAGACUUUUCAGGCACUACACUGUUGGCUCCUAUGACAACUAUACCUCGUACAGUGAUUAUGUUAUAGAAGAAAAAAGUGCAACGUUGCAGAAAAGAGAUAGCGAAGGAUUUGGCUUCGUGCUUCGGGGAGCUAAAGCUGAGACACCCAUUGAAGAGUUUACACCUACUCCUGCGUUUCCUGCCCUGCAAUACCUGGAGUCAGUGGAUCUGGAGGGAGUGGCAUGGAGGGCAGGAUUAAGGACUGGAGAUUUCCUCAUAGAGGUGAAUGGGGUGAGUGUUGUAAAGGUGGGACACAGGCAGGUGGUGUCUCUGAUUCGGCAGGGUGGGAGUCGGCUUGUAAUGAAGGUGGUGUCUGUCACGCGCAAACCUGACACAGGAGAUGUCAUCCGCAAGAAAGCCCCCCCACCUCCCAAGAGGGACCCAAGCACCAGCCUGACUCUGCGUUCCAAAAGCAUGACCGCAGAACUGGAGGAGCUUGCGUCAAGGAGAAGGAGGGGAGAGAAGUUGGAAGACAUGUUAAGUUCGCCAAAAGAAUCUGUUGUAGUGAUGAGGCCUCGCCCCCCAGAUGACCCAAGAGCAGCCACUGUUAAGCAGAGGCCAACGAGUCGCCGCAUCACACAGGCUGAGAUCAGUUCUUUGUUAGAGAGGCAGGGUUUGCCAGCAAAUGUAGGAGUGUCUUUAGCUGUGGACAAAAGUCACAUACAGCUGCCUCGGGGAAUGUCAAGAACAAAGUCAUUUGGUGCACCAGAGGAUGAUAGAAUCUCUGCCCUGAUCGGAGAGCAUCGCUUCCCUAGAAGCUCUUCAAUGACCGACAGCUUCAGACAAGACAGUAUCCCACCCCCUCCACAGCAAGCUCCUCCACCACCUCCAACUCCCUAUUUCCUUGAUUCAGGACCACCUCCUUCCUUCCUCCCUCCCCCUCCCCCCUCUCGCGCUGCCAAUCAGAGCCGUUCGAGCUUCCGUCCGGGGGAGCCCAAGCUCCAUGGCCCGGUCAUGACAGACCGCCAGCGAAAAACACGCUCCAUGAUAAUUCUUCAGGACACCUCCCAUUUGCCAGUGGAGCCAGCCCCUAUUGCAAGACCGCAAACGCCUACCUCUGGAGCUGCCCCUCCUGAACGCGGUCGUAGGCGUGGCCCACAAGUAGAGAAUCCGUAUGCUAACGUUGGCCGUCUAAGUGCAGUCUAUAUUCCAACCAAGCCUCAGCGGAGAAAGAGCCCACUAGUCAAGCAAGGACAAGUUGAGGAGGGUUCUAUUGCUCAGUCUAGCAGAGACCCCUCUCCAUUGGGCGGGUUGCGUAUUCCACACAGCAGCCGAGCAGAGCAGUUCCAACAGCAGGUUCUCUCAGAGCGAGCCAGGAUCAUGCCUCCUGGGGCCCGCCGAAGAACUAGUGUUUUCUUGUCUGUAGAAGGGGGAGCAACAGAGCCGCAAACCACUCCAUUACUGUCGCAGUCCCACUCUGUGGACGAGUUAGCGGAGUUGCCUCCACCAGCUCCAAUGCUCUCCCCUGGCCCACCACCAGGGGGCACCACUUUUAUACACCCUCUAACAGGUCGACCACUGGAUCCUUCAUCACCACUAGCGCUUGCACUUGCUGCACGAGAACGAGCUCUUAGCGGCCGAAAUACACCCACUCCCACACCCACACCAUCUCCAACACCUUCUCCCACUCAAGGCAGAGCCGUGGAGAGGCCCGAGACAGAGGGAGGGGCAACACCACCUGCUCCUCUUGUGGCUCCUCCUAUUAAUUCAUGGAGAGAGGAACCUGUAAGCAUCACAGAAACAGCUAGCCAAGUGACUAGCGGUAGCCCUGGGUCUGGACGAAGCCUGGAGGAAGCCAGUGUGCAAUCUGCAUUAAUGGAUACAGAGCAUACUCAACCAGCAGUCCCACCCACUUUGCCCUCCCCUGCCCCCACCCUCUCAAAUCUGACUGCUCGAAGUCUGACUAUGAGCUCAGAGGAGGAGGCGGAGCCCUACACAGUGACCCUGCCUCCUGCACUGCUUUCGUCAAGUGAUGAGGAAACAAGGGAGGAGCUUCGUAAGAUAGGCCUUGUACCUCCCCCUCAACCCUUCUCCAAUGGCCUUCUAAUUAAAGAAACACCCAAAGCCACUAUAAGCAUUUCACCUAGUGGAUCACGGCCAUCCAUCGCCAAGACCUCCUCUGGAAAAGCAAGUGAUUCAAUGGCAGACUCUGGGGUUGAAGACCCCCAUAUGGAGACCACUAGUACUGUUUCAACAGUCUCCAGCAUGUCCACUUUGUCAUCAGAGAGCACAGACUCCACCCAAGCAAGCAAACCACGUUGUGGGGUUGGGCGUGGUCGCCCCGCCCAUCUCAGGGACCCACUGCUUAAACAGUCAUCAGAUAGUGAGCUGCUUCCACAUCCACCCAGCACAGGCCCCACUCGCCCACGCUACCUAUUCCAAAGACGCUCUAAACUCUGGGGAGAGGAGCCCAAGUCACAGGUGGGUGGGGCCGAUGAAAGUCGGCCUGCAGCUAUGGGUGCAGAGUUACUAAGCAAAGAUACUCUUUCACUGGGGGAGGAGCCACCAAUGGGAGCGCCACUUGACCCUGGCAGGAGGUCGCCUGUGGGAGGGGCCAGAUGUGAGGAGAAUGGAGAAGAGAGUAAAUCACUCUUUAGUAGUUUAGGAGAGCUUCACACCAUCUCUCAGAGGAGUUAUGGCACCACCUUCACGAUCCGGCCUGGUAACCGAUACCCAGUAACCCGCAGGACUCCAAGCCCUGGAGCCACUCCAGAACGGAGUGAACCGUUGGGCCCUGUUCGCACUUUUGGCCCUCAUCACCACCAUCACACCAUCCUCAAGUCCUCCAGCCUAAGCUUGCCCCAGGAGCCCAAGGAAGUGCGUUUUGUCAUGAGGAGUGCCAGCGCUCGAGCCCGCAGCCGCUCUCCAUCCCCCUCCCCUUGCGCUUCCCCCUGCCCAUCACCGGUACUUGGAGCCCCUCUCCUGGCCCUCCGACCAUUCAGACAGCGCCCACUAGCACUGUGGAGUAAGUAUGACGUGGGAGAGUGGCUCGAGAGUGUGGGACUAGGGGAGCAUCGCACACGCUUUUUGGAACAUGAGAUUGAAGGCGCCCAUCUGCCUGCCCUCACCAAGGACGAUCUGGCAGAGUUAGGAGUGACGCGUGUGGGACACCGAAUGAAUAUCGAACGAGCACUAAAGCAGCUGCUAGACAGUUGAGGAGAGCAGAAAUUGAGAAAAUAGUUAAAAAUGUCAUCACAAUCAUUUAAAUUUUUACAAUUAAAUUCCAAUUAUCCCUACGUUUUAUACUACAGUGUCCAGUGCACACAAUCUUGUGUAAACCUAACUCCAAGCCAUAUUUUUUUUUUUUUACCAUACGUUAACUACUGAAACAUAUGGUGGGGUCAGUAGUCCACACUGAAAAUCUGUAUUUCAAAAUCUAAUUUAACUAGAACAUUUUUUAGGGUUAUUCCAUGUAAAAUCAGCCACAAUUCAGAAAUUUCCCUGAAAUGUUUAAAUUGCUAAUACUUUUUCUGAAGAAAGGUAAACAUAAAUGAUGAUGAAAGACAAAAUAUUUAAUACCAUGGAUCAAU